AUGCUUCAGAUAUCCUUUUUCCUUGCCAUUAUUGUCUCAGCAAUUUUGAAUUUUGCGGGACUCAUUGUAAAUCUCUUUAUUGCAGUGGUCAGUUUUUGGACUUGGCUCAAAAGCCCCAGAAUCUCCUCUUCGAAUAGGAUCCUCUUCAGCUUGGGAGUCACCAGAUUUCUGACAUUGGGACUGUUUGUACUCAACAUCACAUACUCCUUCAUCUCUCCAAAUGUGGAAAGGUCAGUGCACUUAUCUACUUUUUUCCUGUUGUGUUGGAUGUUUUUGGACUCGAAUAGUCUCUGGCUUGUCACCUUGCUCAAUGCCUUGUACUGUGUGAAGAUUACGGACAUGCAACACGCGGUAUUUCUCCUGCUGAAACAAAAUCUCUCCCCAAAGAUCCCCAGGCUCGUGCUAGCCUGUGCGCUGAUUUCUGCCUUCACCACUCUCCUGUAUGUGGCACUCAGACAGACAUCGUGCUUUCCCGAAUUUGUGCCUGGGAGGAAUGGUACAGGAUGUGACAUCAACGAGGGCGUCUUGUCUUUGGUGAUCUCUUUGGUCUUGUGCUCGUUUCUCCAUCAUUAAUCAUUAAUCACAAUUAUCAUUAAUCACAUCAUUAAUGUGACUUCUGCUUCCUUGUUAAUUCAUUCCUUGAGGAGACAUAUACAGAAGAUGCAGAAAAACACCACUGUUUUUUGGACUCCCCAGACUGAAGCUCCCCAGACUGAAGCUCACGGCGCUAUGAAGCUCAUGAUCUGUUUCCUCAUCUUGUACAUUCCGUACUUGCUCGCUUCUCUGCUACAUUAUUUCCCCUUUGUCGGGAUGGAUUUGGGAGCCAGAUCCAUCUGCAUGGUUAUUUCCACCAUUUACCCUCCAGGACAUUCUGUUCUCAUUAUUCUCACACAUCCUAAACUGAGAACAAAAGCAAAGGCGAUUCUUUGUUUCAACAAGUAGUAGAAUUUCAGUAGUGAAGAGUCACCUCAUGGUUUGGGAGCAAGACUUUCUUUGUUAGUGGUUUUCUUAGCGGACUGUGGACUGUGGACUCCAUUUCUGUAAUUGCUGAGCUGAACUCCUCAGCCUUUGAGUGCCUGUACUUCAGUUUAUUCUGCAAUUAAAAAAAUUUAAAAUAUUAGGCAUUUUUUUUUUAAAGUUUAAGACAUUAUUUAUCAUGUAGUUUGCAUCCCUGGCUAGUGGAAGUCACCACAUUGUUCCAUGAGCUACUAAAGUAUAAGGGGGAGUUCCCCCAAGUUAAGCAAUACAUUAUAAUUCACAUCGUUAGUUAAAUUUUUGAGGUUUAGCUGAGGAGCCCUGGGUAAGGGCUUAGCAGUGGAUGAGUCAUCAGCAGGAACUAGACUGGCUUAAACCAUAGCAAGAGGAUGCAAAGAGCAAUGGGAGAAAAGAAAUUUGUAGAGAGAAAAGGGAAGAAAGAGAAAGAAGAGAGAAAACAGGUGUAUAUUGUGGCAGAUGUACACGAAAAGGGUCACAGUCAUUGAGCUAUUAUUAUCAAGAAACUCUAGGACUAAAUUUCUAGGUUUGUUCUGGAAAGAAGGGAAGGGCUUCCUCCUUAAUGGUAAUGGAAGGGUAAUGGAAUGGUAGAAGAAAGGGAUUAGUGUGACAGAAGCCCAAUCUAGGAUAGUUCCAAGGAUCUCAAAAUCCAGGGAGUCAGCCUGAAUUCAAAAGCAUGUGCUAGGGGGCACCUGGGUGGCUCAGUGGGUUA